ACAAUUUAUUCCUCGAUCAUGAACAUGACUGAACAAACGACUUUAGUUAUUUUAUUGAUGCUGAUUUCUAAACUAGCGCGCUUUACAUGUGGACGGGACUUUCGUGAUGGGAAAGAAAAGUCGUCGAUCAAGGCAGAAACAGCCACAACCAGAAAGUUUUAGGCCUGAUGCUGAAGUCAUGAGAUUAGUAGAAGAGAUUUUUAGAGGAACGACCCAGCCGCCUGGAGAAGACGAGUGGGAAGACUUUGUUGCUAUACGGAAACUUGUAGAUCAACUUAUUGACAAACAGAGCGCGUGCAGAGCUUCAGCAGAUGGGCACGAAGCUGUAUGCGAGGAUGGCAGUCGGGCAGAUCGGUUUCCUGCGUUUAGAGAGUGGUUAGUUGCUAACGGCGUGGAUGUGCAUUGCGUUGAUUUUAUUGAGUUUCCUGGUGUUGGAUUUGGAGUAAAAGCACUUACUCAUAUUAAGGAACAUGAACAGUUUUUAAUGAUUCCUCAGAAGCUAAUGAUCACUGCAGUAACUGCCAGUGAAUCUAGACUAAAAUUCUUUACAGAAUCAGACCACCUAUUGCAGACUAUGCCUAAUGUUGCUCUGGCUGUGCAUCUUGUUUGUGAGCAAUUUAAUCCAGAUUCAUUCUGGAGACCAUAUAUUGAUGUCUUGCCAGAGACGUUUGCAACUCCUUUGUAUUACAAUGUUGAAGAGAUUAAGUUACUUGAAGGAAGUACAGCUUACAUGGAAGCUAUAAAUCAGUCAAAGAGUAUUGCCAGACAAUAUGCAUAUCUCCUGAAAUUGUUUCUUAAGCACCCAGAAGCCAAGCAUCUUUCUGUGUUCCAACGACCAUUUACAUAUGAAGAUUACAGAUGGGCUACAUCAUGUGUAAUGACAAGGCAAAAUAGAAUUCCUAUCAAGGAUGGAGAGGACUCUACUUUGGCUCUUAUACCUGGAUGGGACAUGUGUAAUCAUUGCGAAGGAGCCAUAACAACUGAUUUCUCUCUUGCUCAGCACUGCUGUUUAUGCUAUGCCAUGAAGGAUUUUCCUGUUGGCUCUGAGGUUGUCAUGUGUUAUGGUCCUAGGACAAAUGCUGAAUUUGUUGUGAACUCUGGAUUUUUUUAUGACAAGAACCCAAUUGGAAGACUUAAGAUUCGACUAGGUGUAAGCAAAAAUGAUCAUCUUUUCGGAUUAAAAACUCAACUUUUGUCUCAUCUUAAUAUUCCAGAGUCUGCUUCAUUUUGUAUUGUUGAUGAACAGUAUCCAAUCACAUUGAAUUUAUUGGCGUUUCUACGAGUAUUCUGUAUGACUAAUGAUCAGUUGUUGGAAAGAGUGCAGGCAGAUCUCUCAAAGAUCUCAUCCUUACGAAGCCCAGUAAGUAAGGUUAGUUAUGAGAACGAGAAAGGUGUCUUCACGUUUUUGGAAACGAGAUCAUCACUGCUACUUCGUCGGUAUAAAUCUACUGUUGAAGAAGAUGAGGCAUUGUUGAGGAAGGGGGAUCUAACAGUCUUUGCUACAAAUGCAGUCAAGUUGCGUAAACAAGAAAAAGAGAUUCUGAUCCGGACACUGCAAUUUGCAAAGUCGCAGCUUGAAGUAUUGAACAUAGUAUUGAAAUAGCUUUGCAUGACUAUAAUGACUAUAAUAACAUAAGUUGAUCUAGCAGUAACAAAAGCAGCAGCAGCAGUAUUAGUACUACAGUAUCUACACUUGCUUAACAAUACUUGCUAUAUUGCCAACUGUCUACAAAUCAGUAGCAGCAGUACCUACACUUGCUCAGCAACUUGUCUAUGUCGUCUUUUCUGUCCACAACCUAUGUUAGACUAGUUACUUGAA